AUGGAGGAGAAUGGUGGGAUCUUGGACUCUCUGGUUGCAGGUGGUGAUGAAUUGGAGCUGAAGAACCAGGGAGACCACGACAGAAUCCACACAGCGGGGAAGUCAUAUCCAUAUUCCGAGUGCAGAGAGUCCUUCAGUCAGAGCUCCCAUUCCACUUCAAAUCAAAGAAGUCCCAUUGAGAAGAAACCCUAUCAGUGCCAAGAGUGUGGAAAGAGCUUUAGUCAAAAGGGCAGUUUAACUUCCCAUCAGAGAAUUCAUACAGGGGAGAAACCUUAUCACUGCUUGGAAUGUGGAAAAAGCUUCAGUCAACGAGGCCAGCUUACUGUACAUCUAAGAAUUCAUACAGGGGAGAAACCUUAUCAGUGUCUGGAAUGUGGAAAGAGCUUCAGUCAACAAGGCCAGCUUACUGUACAUCAAAGAAUUCAUACAGGGGAGAAACCUUAUCAGUGUCUGGAAUGUGGAAAGAGCUUCACAUGGAAAAUGAGUCUCAUUUCCCAUCAAAGAAUUCAUACUGGAGAAAAACCCUAUUACUGCUUGGAAUGUGGAAAGAGAUUCAGAAUAAGAAGCCAGCUCACUGUCCAUCAGAGAAUUCAUACGGGGGAAAAACCCUAUCAGUGCUUGGAAUGUGGAAAGAAAUUCAGAAUAAAAAGCCAUCUCACUGUCCAUCAGAGAAGUCAUACAGGUGAGAAACCCUAUCAGUGCUUGGAAUGUGGGAAGAGCUACGUUCGAAGAGGCCACCUCAAGGCCCAUCAAACAAUUCAUAAGGGAGAGACACCCCAUCAGUGCCAAGAGUGUGGCAAGAGAUUCACUAGCAGAAGCCAUUUAACUGUACAUCAGAGAAUUCAUACAGGGGAGAAACCCUAUCAGUGCUUGGAAUGUGGAAAGAGAUUCAUUGAGAAGGCCAAACUAACAAUCCACCAAAGAAUUCACAGUGAGAAGAAACCCUAUCAGUGCCAAGAGUGUGGCAAGAGCUUUCGUCAAAAGGGCAGUUUAACUUCCCAUCAGAGAAUUCAUACAGGGGAGAAACCUUUUCAGUGCUUGGAAUGUGGAAAGAGAUUCAUUGAGAAGGCCAAUCUCACAGUCCAUCUAAGAAUUCAUACAGGGGAGAAACCCUAUCCGUGUUUGGAAUGUGGAAAGAGAUUCAUUGAGAAGGCCAUACUCACGAUCCAUCAAAGAAUUCACAGUGAGGUGAAACUAUAUCAGUGCCAUGAAUGUGGAAAGAACUUCACUGACAGAUACCAGCUUACUGUACAUCAGAUAAUUCACACAGGGGAGAAACCUUUUCAGUGCUUGGAAUGUGGAAAGAGCUUCAGUCACCAAGGCCAGUUUACUGUACAUCAGAGAAGUCAUACAGGGGAGAAACCUUUUCAGUGCUUGGAAUGUGGAAAGAGAUUCAUUGAGAAGGCCAAUCUCACAGUCCAUCAGAGAAGUCAUACAGGGGAGAAACCUUUUCAGUGCUUGGAAUGUGGAAAGAGAUUCAUUCUGAGAAACCAGCUCACUGUCCAUCAGAGAAGUCAUACAGGGGAGAAACCUUUUCAGUGCUUGGAAUGUGGAAAGAGAUUCAUUCUGAGAAAGCAGCUCACUGUCCAUCAGAGAAGUCAUACAGGGGAGAAACCUUAUCACUGCUUGGAAUGUGGAAAAAGCUUCAGUCGACAAGGCCAUCUUACUGUCCAUCAGAGAAUUCAUACAGGGGAGAAACCCUAUCAGUGCUUGGAAUGUGGAAAGAGAUUCAUUGAGAAGGCUAAACUUACGAUCCAUCAAAGAAUUCAUACAGGGCAGAAACCCUAUCAGUGCUUGGAAUGUGGAAAGAGAUUAAUUGAGAAGGCUAAACUCAUGAUCCAUCAAAGAAUUCACAGCGAGGUGAAACUAUUUCAGUGCCAAGAAUGUGGAAAGAGCUUCAUCGACAGACGCCAGCUCAUUGUCCAUCAGAGAAUUCAUACAGGGGAGAAACCUUUUCAGUGCUUGGAAUGUGGAAAGAGAUUUAUUGAGAAGGCCAAACUCAAGAUCCAUCAAAGAAUUCAUACAGGGGAGAAACCUCAUCAGUGCCAAGAGUGUGGAAACAGCUUCAGUCACAGGGCCGGCCUCACUUCCCAUCAAAGAACUCACAUUGGGGGCAAAUUAUAG